CAGAGCUCAAAACUGAAGCAGACGCUGCGCUUACUCCGACCUGCUCCUCGACCUCUGCCAAGAAGCAAAAAUGAGCUCCAAAAGAAGUCCACCACCUUACCCUGAAAAGUUGUCCAUCGCUGUAUUCGGAAAGAGAGUCCAGUUGAAGAACACCAUUGGAAACAUGAUCCUGAACAUGGACUCCCAUUUCAAAUCAACAGAGAACGUACUGGUCGCGGGAGAGAGCAACACAUACAUCGUCAUUAACACGCCGGACUUCUUCGAUGAAGACUGCCAGAAACAGGACCAGCAGAUGAUUGACUUCAUGGCCGUUUCUCACCCGGGACUACACCUCUUCCUCCUGGCCAUUGAUUCCGAAAACACCACGGAGGAAAAGAUCGUGGCUCAGAUCACCAAACUCCUGGAUCUGUUUGGAGAGAGGAUCAAGGCUCAUCUGGUCGUCAUGUUACCCGACAUCGAGUCCUUCCAGUCCCUCAGUCGCCUGAAGGAACGCUUCCAGAUCAUGCUCGUCAUGGCCAACGAAAAUCUGGUCAGCGAGUGCAGGAAGUGGUGUCAGCGGCGUCGCCCGUUCCUGUUCGACUACAAAGAUUACAGCGAAGACGUGGUGAUCCGGAGACAGAAGCACUUCGAGAGGAUCACAAAUGAGUACGACGACAAUAAACGCUUCGUUACCACUUUUUUCUCAGCUUCCCCGACAUAUGAAACUGUGAUGAUGGGUACUUCCCCAGCCGGUCCAUCCACCUCGCAGCACACCACCAACGCCGGUGCAGCGCAGAGACAUCACAAAGAAAAACACAACAAUGCAAAGACAUUCAGAAUAUUUCAUGUUAUUCUACUUGGACUAACUGGCACUGGGAAAAGUGCAUCUGCAAACACGAUGCUGGCUGCUGGAAAAUCAGAGGUGGAGCAAUUUCGAUCCGAGGCGAGCUCCGUGCCGGUCACCAUCAGGUGUGAGUUCAGAGACAUCUCCAAGCCAUUUGGGAUGCACGUGAGACUGAUCGACACUCCAGACUUCUUUCACGAGGAACUCAAAAACCCUGAGGCACACUUAGCCGAGUGUAAGCAGUACUGUGUGCCGGGGCAGUGCGUGUUUUUACUCGUGAUACAGGUGGGUCGCUUCACCAAUGGAGAGCAAGGAAUAUUGGAGAGGCUGGAGGAGCAGAUAGGCUGGAAUAUCAGGGACAGCAUGAUCCUACUGUUCACACACGGAGACGACCUGAAAGGGAGUCAGGUGGCACCGUACAUUCGCUCAAACCCUGCCCUCCAGCACAUCAUUGACAUGUGCAGUUCUCGUUAUCAUGUGUUCAACAACAAAUCCAAGGACCCCAAGCAAGUCAUAGAGCUCAUAAAGAAAAUUCCAAAUUCUGCCACACUGUUCCCAAAGUUCACCAAGAAAUACAGCGAGGACAUGGACCCUCCGUGCUCUCUACUGUAGAUCGGGUCCUCAUCAAAGCCUCAAGCAUUGGCUUCUUUCACACUAAUAUUGGCGGGAAUUCCAGGUUUUUUCCCGCCACAAAUAGUGCCGAUACACACCCUUCUCCAACUGUCAGUGUUUUUUUUCUGUCCCACAGUGUUUGUUUAUCAACUGUGCAAGAAACAACAAUUUUUGUCCAUCAUUCAGUCGAUUUUUCACAAACAUGCACGGCUAAUGGCUAUGCUUCCUUAGCAUUUUUGAAAUAUUCAGCUUUCACUUCCAUUUACACCCUAUUGAAAAAGAAUGGAAAUGAACGUACAGUAUACAUAUAUAUAUACGUAUAUAUAUAUGUUUAUAUAUAUAUAUAUAUAACCCUAACCCUAUAUGUAUAUAUAUGCCUAUUUUAAUACUUCUAUUUAUUGUUUAUCCUUUUCACGUAAAAUCUUUAGCGGGCAUUUUUCCUUCUCCUUUUUUUGGACGUCCCGUCAUCCCGUCAGUCGCCGUGAAUAGUCAAUGAUACAUAUUUGAAUGUUGGAUUCCGGGACGUUUUGUUGAUUUCAGCGCGUACUCUGUUUUGGUUGAUUCGUAAAUUUGACCAUUGAUUCUCGUGUCAAAACACAGAUUUGGAGACACGAUUCCUGUCGUUACGUCAUCAACGUACACAAUGAAGUCAAUUUUCUUUGUGUAAGUUGUUUUUAAAGAGAUGAAGUCAAAGAUUAUCUAAAACAAUGUUGUGAUGUUUCUUUUAUCUUGUUAAUUUUUUGUGAAAAUGAUCAAUAAGUAAGUUUUGUUUACAAAUACAUUA